UUUCAGAUAUUUGCUUUACUAUCUAGUAGAUCUCAAUUUCAGCUAUUUGCUUUACUAGCUAUUAGAGCUCAAUUUCAGAUAUUUGCUUCACUAGCUAGUAGAUCUCAAUUUCGGCUUUUUGCUUUACUAGCAAGUAGAGCUCAAUUUCAGCUUUUUGCUUUACUAUCUAGUAGAUCUCAAUUUCAGAUAUUUGCUUUACUAGCUAGUAGAGCUCGAUUUCACCUUUUUGCUUUACUAGCUAGUAGAGCUCAAUUUCAGCUAUUUACUUUAUUAGCUAAUAGAGCUCAAUUUUAG